AAUAAAAAAAAAUAAAUGAUGAUGAAACUUUGGAGAGGCUGUUAGAGAUCCUCAUUGCAAUUGGAGAAGACAGCGAGCGCGCCAAAACAUCCCAAAAGAACCAAGCGUAGCAGAGUCCUGCCGCAGCAGCAGUGCAGAUCCACCACCACCACCACCACCACCACCGCCAUGGGAAAGCAGAAGCAACAGGUCAUUUCCCGCUUCUUCGCCCCCAAACCCCAACCCCAAACCCAAACCCAAACCCAAACCCCUUCAGCUUCUACUUCUACUUCUUCACCCUCACCACCACCACCACCACCACCACCACCAUCAGAAUCUUUGCACCCUAACCCACCAACCCCUCCCCCUAAAGUCUCUGCUACUGUCACUUUCUCACCUUCCAAACGCCGCCGAAACUCCCAACUCACCUCCCCCAACCAGCCCAAACCCCAUCGAAAACUAUCUCCUCAUACCCACAACCCUAUACCUCCUCUUCCCAAUCCCUCACUCCACCAACGCUUCCUCAAGAAACUUCUGGAACCUUCUCAUGACCUUCUCCAGCCUUCUCCACAACCUCCACUUUCAAAUCCCAAGUAUACUCCCCUUGAGCAACAAGUUGUUCACCUUAAAGCUGAGUACCCUGAUGUUCUUUUGAUGGUUGAAGUUGGUUACAAGUAUCGGUUUUUCGGAGUAGAUGCCGAAAAUGCGGCUAGGGUUUUGGGGAUUUAUGCCCAUGUUGAUCAUAAUUUCUUGACGGCCAGUGUGCCAACUUUUCGAUUGAAUGUUCAUGUGAGGAGGCUUGUCAGUGCUGGGUAUAAGGUGGGUGUUGUAAAACAAACUGAAACCGCUGCAAUUAAGGCACAUGGGUCGAACCGGUUAGGACCAUUUUGUCGCGGGUUAUCGGCAUUAUACACAAAGGCUACAUUGGAGGCAUCAGAGGAUGUUGGAGGUGGUGAAGAGGGAUGUGGUUCAUGUAACAAUUAUAUGAUUUGUGUUGUUGAGAAGGGGGUGGUUGUUGAAAAUGCGGAAUGUGGGAUUCAGACGGGGUUAGAUGUGAGAAUCGGGAUUGUUGCUGUUGAGAUUUCUACUGGGGAUAUUGUUUAUGGUGAGUUCAAUGAUAAUUUUAUGAGGGCUAGCCUUGAAGCUGUCAUUCUGAGCUUAUCCCCUGCUGAGUUACUCAUUGAGGAGCCUCUCUCUAAACAAACAGAGAAGUUGCUAUUGGCAUAUGCUGGACAUGCCUCAAAUGUUCGUGUGGAGCGUGCCUCCCAAGAUUGCUUCAGUGAGGGUGGGGCACUUAAUGAAGUGAUGACUUUAUACGAGAACAUGAGUGAAAAUUGCUUAGCGAGUCACCAAGGGGAACAAACAGUGGUGGCAGAACAGGGAAAUAACCGCCUGGCAAUUGAGGCAGUUAUGGCCAUGCCAGAUUUAGCUGUCCAAGCAUUAGUGUUACUCAUUCGUCAUCUAAAACAAUUUGGAUUUGAAAGAAUUUUAUGCUUGGGAGCUUCAUUUCGGCCAUUCUCAGGGAAUAAGGAGAUGACUUUGUCUGCCAAUGCACUUCAACAGCUAGAGGUUUUGAAGAAUAACUCUGAUGGAUUCGAGUCUGGCUCCUUGCUGCACUGUAUGAAUCAUACACUUACUAUAUUUGGUUCGAGGCUUCUUAGGCACUGGGUGACUCAUCCUUUAAGUGAUCGAAACAUGAUCAUUGCUCGUCUUGAUGCUGUUUCUGAGAUUGCAGAGUCCAUGGGGUCUUGUAAAGCUUCACAGAAUUUGAGCAGCAUUGAUGUGGGUGGUUACAAUGUCGCAUUUGCGCAACCUGAUUUUAGUUAUUUGCUUUCUUCAGUUUUAAUUACUCUAGGAAGGUCACCUGAUAUUCAGCGUGGAAUAACUAGAAUCUUCCAUCAAACAACCACUGCGUCUGAGUUUGUGGCAAUUAUUCAAGCUCUCUUAGUUGCUGGAAAACAGCUUCAGCAACUUCAGAUCGAAGAAGAGGUCAAAGGUGAGCCAAGAAAGACUGUGCGCUCUGUCUUGUUGAGAAGGUUGAUUUUGACAGCUUCAUCAUCCAGCGUGAUUGGCAAUGCGGCAAAACUUUUGUCCACCUUAAAUAAAGAAGCUGCUGAUCAAGGGGAUCUUCUAAACUUAUUCAACAUUUCCAGCGGGCAAUUCCCAGAGGUUGCUGAAGCCCGGUUAGCAGUUCAAUUGGCAAAGGAUAAAUUGGAUUCAAUGAUUGGUUUGUAUCGCAAACAGCUUGGAAUGCAAAAAUUGGAGUUCUUGAGCGUGUCUGGAAUAACACAUUUGAUAGAGGUGCCAUCAGAUGUAAGGGUACCGUCAAACUGGGUCAAAGUAAAUAGCACUAAGAAAACAAUUCGCUAUCACCCUCCGGAAGUAUUGACUGCUCUGGAUCAGUUAUCACUGGCAACUGAGGAGCUUGCUGUUGUCUGCAGAACUUCUUGGGAUGGUUUUCUUAAGGACUUUGGUAAAUUUUACGCAGAGUUCCAAUCUGUUGUUCAGGCACUAGCUACUUUGGAUUGUCUACAUUCUCUUGCUGUUCUUUCAAGAAAUGAGAAUUAUAUCCGUCCAGUUUUUGUUUAUGAUACUGAUCCUGUUCAGAUACAUAUAUCUACUGGUCGUCAUCCGGUUAUGGAGACUAUGUUACAAGAUAAUUUUGUCCCAAAUGACACAAAUCUGCAUGCAGAAGGCGAGUACUGUCAGAUAGUGACAGGACCAAACAUGGGAGGAAAGAGUUGCUAUAUUCGCCAAGUUGCUCUCAUUGCCAUAAUGGCUCAGGUUGGUUCCUUUGUCCCAGCGUCUUUAGCAAAACUGCAUGUGCUUGAUGGCAUCCACACACGAAUGGGUGCUUCCGACAGUAUCCAGCAAGGACGGAGCACCUUUUUGGAAGAACUGAGUGAGGCAUCUAACAUAAUCCAGAAUUCCACACCCCGAUCACUGGUUAUCAUUGAUGAGCUUGGGCGAGGCACAAGUACACAUGACGGGGUAGCAAUUGCUUAUGCUACAUUGCAUCAUCUUCUUGAGCAGAAAAGAUGCAUGGUCCUCUUUGUCACCCAUUACCCUAAAAUUGUCGACAUAAAGAAUGAAUUCCCAGGCUCUGUGGGGGCAUACCAUGUUUCAUAUCUGACAUCACAGAAUGAGGAUAUGAUGGAGUUGAGUGAUCAGAAUGUUGAGACAAUGGAUCAUCAGGAUGUUACUUACCUUUAUAAGCUUGUUCCUGGUGUUUCAGAGAGGAGUUUUGGUUUUAAGGUUGCUCGGCUUGCCCAGCUACCUACCUCAUGCAUUCACCGAGCUACGGUCAUGGCUGCAAAGUUGGAAGCAGCAGUAGGCAAACGAGAGAAAAGUAGGCUGGUGCAGAAGUUGCUAAAAGAAAGAUUGGCAGUGAAUGAAGAAGCACAAGAGGACAUCUUGAAACCCCUUGAUUGUUCCCAUGCAGGAGGGAUACUGACUGACGCUUACAGGGAAUUCUUUAACAACCUAAACUUUGCAUUGGCUGAUAAUAAUGACCUUGCAAAAUGCUUCCAGUUUUUGAAGAACGCUAGAAACAUUGGAAUGGAGUUGAUUGAUAGGACUUGGCCUAAUAACCUUAAGGUUAUGGAUUCAAGUCUUGGGACCACCACGUUGUGCAUUAUACUAAAGGUUAGGUGUAUACUCAAUCUUUCCCCUCCCAAACACACAUUAAUGUGUACUAAUUGGGCGUCGUUUUUUAACUUUAGUUGGGGGUGGUUGGGUUGGUUUUGGCCUUGAUGAUUUGUGGAGCUAUUUAGUUUUUU